AUGAAUCUCCCACUCUGGCGCCUCUGCAACCUCUUUGCCCUAGUCAUCCUAGCACUGGACAUACGAUCAUGGUCCUGGAACCUUCUUCCCUCGUCCUCAUCAUCAUCGCGACAAUUUACCUACAGCAGUAGCAGCUAUCUCGAAGAACGAUACAUACCCAAAACCUUCUCCCUACAGACAGAGUCAUCCCUGCUCAAGGAAUCCCGAAAUGUCCCAAACGAAAGCUUCGUCAUUCUGACAGAAGCGAGUGCGCCCGCACGACGACGCCGUUUCGGCGUGUCGAUGUUCCAUCAGUUGCAUUGUUUGGAGCUGUUGAGGGGGAGGAUCAUGGGGAAUAAUGAGUCUGAAGCCCAUAGCCAUCAUCAUCAUGAGAAUCCGUUGGAAUCGCAGAUCUCGCCUCAUUACCAAGAUAAGCACCUCCAGCACUGUCUGGAUUAUCUCGCGCAGGCCAUCGUCUGCUGCGCAGACGACACGCUCGAACCACCAGAAAGCCACCUUCUCCCCAACGGGAAAAGGAUUGAUCUGAUCGACGGCGAGGGCGUUGUGCAUCAGUGUCGCGAUGCGGCGUUUGUGUGGGAGACGGUGAGGCGGUCGCAGGAAAAAGCGCUGAGGGGGAAGAAAGUACGGCAAGGGGAGACGUUGAGGAGUUUGUUGGUUGUGGAUGAAGAUGAUUGA